GGGUCUCGAAAUUGCAGGAACUCGCCUCUCGAGCAGUACAUAGUCAGGCUGAACCUAUCCAUAACCGAGGGGAGUUUCAACCCAAACGCUAGAGAGCACUAUUCAACGCCACACCGGGACACAGCCCAGCAAUUCACAGAACCGGCAUGGCGUCAACUGGCUCGGCUACACCAGCUACCGACGGCGGUGGAACUCAAGAGCACACGCCUUCAGGACCCCGUGGUGACGGACACAGAGGAAGAGGCAGGGGACGCGGAGGAAGAGGCCGUGGCCGAGGGGAUGGCUCACGCGGUAGGGGGAGGGGCAGAGGAGGGGCGUAUCACCACGGCAGUCAUAACCCACCAACGCAACCGCCACCCGAGCCCGAAGCCGAGGAUCCAAAAUCGACUGAGACCGCCAAGCCCCAGAAGUUCAAAAUUAAGAACGAUACACAAGACGAGGGUGCCAAUGGUGACGUCGAGGUCUGCUUCAUUUGCGCCAACCCGUUCAGCCACUACUCGGUGGCACCAUGCGGUCACAUAACCUGCCAUAUUUGUGCGCUGCGUAUGAGGGCGCUUUACAAGAACAAGGAUUGUCCACACUGUCGGACGGCCUCCCCGUUUGUCAUUUUCACCAACGACGGGACUAAGCGCUUCGACGAAUACAGAGACACUGACAUCACCAGCACCGACGACAACAUCGGCAUCAAAUAUGCGGGCGAGGAUAUUGUCGGCGAUACUGUCCUUCUCUUGCGAUAUAAUUGCCCCGAUGCCGAGUGCGAUUUCGCAGGCCUUGGCUGGCAGGAUCUGCAUCGCCAUGUCCGCUCCGUCCACCAUAAGAAGAUGUGCGACCUGUGCACUAGGCACAAGAAAGUUUUCACGCACGAACACGACUUGUUUGCCGAUAAGGAGCUCAGCGAGCAUAUGCGACAUGGCGACGACAAACCCGGCGCCGCUGAUCAGACGGGUUUCCGAGGGCAUCCGCUUUGCGGCUUCUGCGGUGCCCGGUUCUAUGACAGUGACAAACUGUACGAGCAUUGCCGGAACAAGCAUGAGCGGUGCUUUAUCUGCGACCGGAGAGACUCGAGGCAGCCGCAUUACUAUCUCGAUUACAACGCCCUCGAAGAGCAUUUCAAGAAAGACCAUUUCCUAUGUCCCGACAGAGAGUGCCUUGAGAAGAAGUUCGUCGUGUUCGAGUCUGAGAUGGAUCUCAAGGCCCACCAACUCAGCGAGCACGGUGGAUCGUUGGCAAAAGGAGCUCGCACCACCGUCGCCCUGUCUAACUUCGACUUGCGGCAGAGGUACGAGCAGGAGAGGCGAGGCGGAGCUAACGCGAGGGAACAACGGAGACGGGGACCCGAUCCGAACGCCGAAGCUUUGCCUGUCAGCUCGGCUCAGCCCUUACGGAGAGACGAGCUAGCCUUCCAACGGCAAAUGGCCCUGCAAACAAGCGAUAGCACAGCCCGGCCAACGCCUCCUCCAGGCCCGUCGCGCCCAGUUCCGAGUACCGCCCCAACGCAAACACAACACCGGGCUCCUGCCAGCCAGCCCAUUAUCGACGCCAUGGAGAACCUCAGCAUCACCGACUUGUCCUCCCUUACCCCUGAGCAACGCGCCAGCUUGACCCGACAUGGCGCCGUCAUCGAGCGUGCCUCCAAUCUCCUCGGCAACGAUCCCACUAAGAUGGCCACUUUCCGCGGGCACAUUUCUGUCUAUAACAAAGGCUCCAUGUCGCCGCAGCAGCUGAUCGAUGCCUUCUUCAACCUCUUUUCCGAGACGUCUUCCACCGCCCUCGGCACGCUAGUGCGGGAAGUCGCCGACCUCUUCGAAGACAAGAAGAAAGGCGAAGCCCUGCGCAGAGCCUGGCAGAACUGGCGCGCCACUGAGGAGGACUAUCCGUCGCUACCCGGCUUGGGCGGUAUGCGCGGCGCAACCACCUCCACAACAGGCUGGGCCGCCGCAGCUGCCGCCAGCCCAGGCGGCGCUAACAACACCGCCCAAGCAGCCGCCGCGCACGCCGCCGCGCAGCUCCGCCAUUCCACCCGCGUGCUCAAGCUCAAGAACAGCACCCGGCGCACUAGCCUCGGCGGCCAGUCAGUCAUGUCCCUCGCCUCGGGGUCCUCUGCGAACUCGAACCCCAACGGUAGCACAUCAUCGCGCCCUGUCGCACCGGCAUCUGCAUUCCCUGCUCUGCCCGGACAGCAGCAGCAGCAGCAGCAGCAGCAGCAGCAGCAGCACCAACAAAGACCGUCCUGGAUCGGCGGCACCGGUUCUGCGUCGAACAAGCCGGCACCAAGCGCAAGGAAACCAACCGCCACGUCAAACGAGGAAGCUUUCCCUGCCUUGCCGGCCGCGCCAAAACCGCAGACGACUAUCUUCGGGUACGGGAGCGGGCGCCCGGUGAGGAGGGAAUUUGGCGGGGCGCCGAGGGAUACAGGAUUUAGUUGGGGAGGCGGUGGGAAUUCCAGCUCUAAUGCGCAGCAGGGUGCUGGGGGUGGCAGUGGAGAUGGGGGUGAGGACGGGCAGCAUGGGCAGGGCGGUAAGAAGAAGAAUAAGAAACAGGUUCUGGUCCACUGGGGUUAGCAUAGUAGCCUUCUACUAGAAUGGGAUUGAAGGAGAUUUGGGAGUCGAUACAACAUGUGAUGUUUCACUGCGGUGGGAGAGCAUGUAUUAUUGUGCACUGAAUAAUAUAUUGGAAUCAUGGCCACCUUGGAGAGCAGAAUGGAGAGACAAGGUUGUGUAGCCCGUCUCAUUUGA